AUGUGCCAUAUUGCCUUAACCGACAUAAUCUAUCACCAGAACGACGCCAUGGACUUCAAAUUGAUUCACACCGACCAAGGGAUUAAGCACAUUCUUUCAUUGUGGAACUUCUCUUUCUCCUUCAACAAGGUACCUAAAGUCGGCACAAUGUUGUUGAAACUAUGUUAUUUGCAAGCAGGAUUUUGGAAUAGCAGAACGUCGCAUCUUCAUAAGGAGCCGUCGAUACACCACUACCUCCACCGCUUCACAGUUCCACUGCCACCGGUCUACGCUAUCAACACCGACUCCUUUGAUAUAAACCAAAUCCGUCUUAGGCUUCGUCUCCCCCAAUAUCCAUCCUUUGAAGAUGCCAUUUCUUCUACUCUCGUUUGCAUGUGUCAUGCUCCAUUCCAACACUUUACAGAGAGAGGGACGGUUGUAUGGUCGAUCCCCUAUUCUCUCUUUCACUCUUGUUCCGUCUCCCGAUGGUUGAUAUUGUUGAAACUUAGGGAAGAAUUGGGAGGAUUGGGGGUUUUAAUGGUUUGCAUCUUAGCAUCAUUCAAAAGUUUCUUCUUGGUGAUCGACAAAGGGUCAACCAACUAA